CUGGAUAAAUUCGAUGCAGAUCUGGGCCACCUUCAAUUUGAGUCUCGUUUCGAGAGUGGAAAUCUUCGUAAGGUUAUUCAAGUUCGUCAUGCUGAAUACGAUCUCAUUCUCUCCCCCGAUCUCAAUACCAAAUCCCAUAUUCAAUGGUUCUAUUUUCGAGUUAGCAAUAUUGACAAUACAGUUAGCUACCGAUUCAAUAUUAUAAAUCUUGAGAAACCUGGAAGUCAAUACAACAAAGGCAUGCAACCAGUUGUGUUUUCAGUCAAGGAGGCUGUGAAUGGUCGGCCUUAUUGGUACAGAGCCGGUGGUUGUAUCAAGUAUUAUAAAAACCGUUUUAUUCGAAGUGGAAUUACUGCAAAGAGGAAUAGGAAUUUCUAUACGGCCACGUUUACCCUCCAGUUCGAACACCAUGGAGAUGUCUGCUACAUUGCUUACCACUACCCCUACACUCACUCUCGUUUGCUUGCCGAUUUGACCUCGUGGCAAUUGCGCGCUAAAGACGUUGAUACCCUACGCACGAAUUCAAAACUCUACUUUCGAGUUCAGAACCUCACUCACACCUUACUUGAUAACUUAGUCCCUGUAGUGACAAUCACAGAGGCGGAUACUGCUUCAAAAGACACAAAAAAUUCUCCACGACCAUACAUCUUCAUCACGGCGAGAGUUCAUCCAGGUGAAAGUAACUCGAGCUGGGUAAUGCAAGGUAUCCUUGAUCGAUUGUCAGAUCCCCAAGAUCCCGAGAUGUCUCGUCUUCGACGUUCAUAUGUCUUCAAAAUUGUCCCCUUGCUGAAUCCUGAUGGCGUGAUAUGUGGCAACCACCGCUGCUCUAUGUCUGCAGUGGAUCUCAAUCGACAGUGGUUGAGCCCGUCUAAGAAUUUUCAUUCAACUAUUUUUCAUUCGAAAUGCCUCAUUAACCUACUCUCAGAAAUCGAAAGCCCGCCUUUUAUUUACAUUGACCUACACGGUCAUUCUCGAAUGAAAGAUACCUUUGUCUACGGCUGUGAUCCUCGUCUUACAUGGAACUCUUCCGAUUCUCUCAACUUGAAAGAUCCCGACACCUGCUUUCUUGAUUUAGCCGAAGUCAUGUAUGACAUUUCUCCACCUUUCUCAAAAUUAGCCAGCGACUAUUCCGUCUCCCGUUCGAAAGAAGCAACUGGGCGAGUAGUGGUUUGGAGGCAAUUUGGUGUCGCUAGAAGCUACACAUUGGAAUCCUCUUAUUGCGGAACUACGCGGAGUUGUUGGAAAGGGGAUAAUGGUGGACACCAAAUUUCGCCAGCUAUUCUACAAAAUAUUGGAGUCGCUCUUUGUAAAACCUUUGCUCUUCUCGAUCCAAAUGCAAAGAAAAAUGGUCCUCUGUAA